AUAUACCUGAAGACGAGCUCCUUUCAUUUGCCACGAAGUAGCAGAAUUCCGAUUAUCAUGGUGGCAACUGGCACGGGUCUGGCCCCGUUUCGAGCUUUUAUCCAAGAGCGUCAAAGUCAGUUGGAUGCACACGUCAGGCCAAAACGCAAACGCCAUGCUACUCUUCUUCGGAUGUCGAAAUACUCGGGAGUUCAUCUACUCGAGCGAAAUCGAAAGUGCACGCGACGCCGGUAUCAUUCAGUUAUAUUUGGCCUUGUCCAGGGAGCCUGGAGUCAAGAAGACGUAUGUGCAGGACCUUCUGUUAUUGAGGUCCAUUGAGGUCUGGCGUCUGAUCGACGCACAACACGCUCAUGUCUACGUUUGUGGGUCUCCUGCGAUGGUCCGCGACGUGCAAAUAUGUUUCAUUAAAGUCAUCUCCAUUCAGGACGAUAAAUCAACAGACUGGGCUGAAAGAUACAUGGACAGACUCAGGGCUGAAGGGCGAUAUCACCUGGAUGUCUGGAAUUAACUCGCUCCCACAAACAUUUCGGAUCGGUGUAACUCGUUACGGCUUCCCAUUUGUCCUUCACUCACGACACCGGUGGGAUCCCGUUUUACUACCGGUGCUCCCUUUAUAAUAUAUGAACUUCAAAAUUCACUUUGUAAAUAUUCACUGUUUUUCCUUGCAGUAACAAUCGGCUUUGAAAAUCGAUAGUCCCCAACACGAGGAGCCAUAUCGAUGAAUAUUCC